AUGAAGCGAUUAAUUUAUCUUUUACUAAUUUCACCAAUAGUUCAUAACGCCAACGUAACAAAAAGGAGACGUCUUAACACUUCAAUCUUAUACGAGCCCAUAGACGCAAUAGAUAUCGCCUUUGAUUUUCCAAAACUAGCUGAUGUUCUACCAACACUAGUUCAAAAAACUUCAAUCGACUACGAGAACGAAUCUGGUGUUGUAGUGAAAAAUAUAUCUAUAGAUAUUGAUAAGAUUAAUAUAGCUAAGUUUAAGAAGAAGAUUGCAGGUAUGGCUAAAUCGAUUGCUAAGGAUGAGCCUAAAGUAAACGCGUCUAGACGGCAGGCUGUUUUGUCUACCGAAGGAGACAAGAAAGCGUAUACAGAAGCAUCGGAGUUUAUGAUCAAACGCAAAACUCUGGAUCUCAUGCUGCAGACAAUUUAUAUGGCCAGACAUAAGGUCGCAACCCUAGAAAACGACAAACACUUUGACAAAAGCAAAAAAGAUACAGGAUACCGCAUAGCGUACUCAUACAGGAGAAUUCUAAGGAUAUACACAAAAAUGAUGAGGAUAUAUACAUAUUCAAACAAGUACAAAAACUAUUACAAAACACCGAACGAGCAACUCAUAUUACAUAAAAGAGUGACGAGGUUACAUGUAGAUUUAGAAUAUCUUUUUAAAGUUAUGAUGAACAUUGAUGGGAAGUUCAAAGCGAAGACGAAAGCUGAGCAAGCUGAAGCCGAUAAAUCCUCGGGAAACACUGGGAAACCUGAUAACGACUAA